UCAUUUCAUCAAAAUACGAGCGCUCUCCACGAAGCUGCAGUAGCACACUUCAAUUCAACUUCAAUAACUCUCUUCCAUAACUCUACACGCACAUUCCCCUCAUCGGAGACUCCGAAGAGAGAAAAAAGUUCCAAACAAAUCGGAGAAGAGAAAUGGCCGAUUCCGGCACUCAAUAUGAUGUAAUCGUCGUCGGCGCCGGCGUAAUGGGCAGUUCGACGGCAUACCAUCUCGCUAAAACAGGGAACAAAGUUCUGAUUCUGGAGCAGUUCGAUUUUCUUCACCACAGAGGCUCUUCUCAUGGCGAAUCUCGCACCAUACGCGCCACCUAUCCGGAGGAUUAUUAUCACAGUCUUGUUAUGGAAUCUUACGAGCUCUGGCGGACGGCGGAGGCAGAAAUUGGUUACAGGGUAUAUUUUCCGGCAGAGCAGCUCGAUAUCGGCCAUUCCGACGAUAAAAGUCUCGCCGCCGCCGUCGAUACCUGCAAAAAGCAUUCGAUCCCGCAUCUGGUUCUGGAUCGGGAGCAACUGGCGGAGAAGUACUAUGGCAGGGUGGAGAUCCCGGCGGACUGGGUGGCGGUGUGGAGCAAGUACGGUGGCGUAAUUAAGCCGACGAAGGCUGUUUCGAUGUUCCAAACUCUGGCGUUCAAAAACGGCGCCGAUUUGAAGGACAACGCGGAAGUGGUGGAGAUUAAGAGAGAUGGGAGUAGUGGAGGAGUAGUUGUUUCAAUAGCCAAUGGGGAGAGAUUUAGGGGAAAGAAAUGUGUGGUGACAGUUGGAGCUUGGGCUAGAAAGUUAGUUAAAUCAGUUGGUGGGAUUGAAUUGCCAAUUCAACCAUUGGAGGCUACUGUGUCCUACUGGAGGAUCAAGGAGGGAGCUGAGGGGGAGUAUGCAAUCGGUGGGGACUUUCCGACGUUUGCUAGCUAUGGCGACACGUAUAUCUACGGAACGCCAUCGUUGGAGUUUCCAGGAUUGAUUAAGGUAGCCGUGCACGGCGGGCAUCGGUGCGACCCAGACAAACGGUCGUGGGGAAGUGGGGGGGAGCUGCCGAUAACUGCAUUAAAGGAGUGGAUAGAGGGGAGAUUUGGGGGGAGGGUGGAUUCAAGUGAGCCAGUGUCGACACAACUGUGUAUGUACUCAAUGACGCCAGAUGAAGACUUUGUGAUUGAUUUUUUGGGAGGGGAAUUUGGGAAGGAUGUGGUAAUCGGCGGUGGGUUUUCGGGGCACGGGUUCAAAAUGUCGCCGGCGAUCGGGAGGAUACUGGCAGAUCUUGCAUUGAAGGGGGUGGCGGAGGGGAUGGAGCUGAAGUAUUUCAGGAUAGCAAGGUUUGAGGGGAAUCCAAAAGGUAAUGUCAAGGACUUUGCAGAUCAAGUAAGGCUUCACUAGCACAGCUCCUCUGCAGUUUGUUGUUUCGUUCUUCUUUCUAAUGAUUUAGAACAUUGAAUAACUCUUCCUCCUACUUGGCUUUCAAUAACAAUAUCAGUCUAUUUGUGAUUCAAACAUC